AGGAGUCUUCUGCCUAUUUGUUCUGGGUACUGGGAGAUGCAGGCGGGGAGACACCCGGUAGAAAGGGCAAAGUCCUCAUUUAUGGCCUUGGGGGAGUUAAUGUGUAAUAUUCUAAGAUAUAAGCUUGACCACGAGUUGAGACCCUGAGCACAGGCCUCCAGGAGCCGCUGGGAGCUGCCACCAGGAGCUGUCACCGCGAUGGGGGAAUUUGAGGUUAAGAACAUGGACAUGAAGCUGGGGUCAACCCUGAAGAUCACAGGCAGGAUCGAUGAUGGCGCUGAUGGCUUUGUAAUUAAUCUGGGCCAGAAGACAGACACGCUGAACCUGCAUUUCAACCCUCGCUUCAGUGAAUCCACCAUUGUCUGCAACUCACGGGAUGGCGGCAACUGGGGACAAGAACAACGGGAAGGUCACCUGUGCUUCAGCCCAGGGUCUGAGGUCAAGUUCACGGUGACCUUUGAGAGUGACAAAUUCAAUUUGAAGCUGCCGGACGGGCACCAGCUGACCUUUCCCAACAGGCUGGGCCACAGCCACCUGAGCUACCUGAGUGUGAGUGGCGGGUUCACCUUAUCCUCUUUCAAGUUAAAAGAAUAAAAGACCUCCAGCUGAGA